AGAAGAACGGGAGGCUGCACGUGUUUACUGCGGACAGACAAAUUUGGAUUUCUGAAUCUUCAGCUGGAAUAAAAAUCAAGUCAAAAUGCCUAAAGUCAGGGCGGAGAAGAAAAGCAGGCAGCACCAAGAGGUCAAAAACCAAGGGAUCAUGUUCAACACCGGCAUCGGUCAGCACAUCCUGAAGAACCCAUUGGUUGUCAAUGGGAUCAUUGAGAAGGCUGCCCUGAGGCCGACGGACGUGGUCCUGGAGGUGGGACCCGGUACUGGUAACAUGACCGUGAAGUUGUUAGAAAAAGCCAAGAAGGUGGUGGCUUGUGAGUUGGACGGCAGAUUAGUGGCUGAACUUCAGAAAAGAGUACAGUGCACACCCAUGCAGGCCAAACUUCAAAUAUUAGUUGGAGAUGUACUAAAGGCAGAUCUGCCUUUCUUUGACGUGUGUGUGGCUAAUUUACCUUACCAGAUUUCGUCGCCAUUUGUCUUCAAGCUCCUGCUGCAUCGACCUUUCUUCAGGUGUGCCGUGUUGAUGUUCCAGAGAGAGUUUGCCAUGCGACUUGUCGCCCCACCUGGAGACAAGCUGUACUGCCGACUGUCCAUCAACACUCAACUACUGGCUCGUGUCGACCAUCUCAUGAAGGUGGGGAAGAAUAAUUUCCGUCCUCCUCCAAAAGUGGAGUCAAGUGUCGUCCGGAUAGAACCGAAGAAUCCUCCUCCUCCAGUUAACUUCCAGGAGUGGGAUGGCCUGGUCAGAAUAGCCUUUGUAAGGAAAAACAAAACCCUCAAUGCAGCUUUCAAGUCCACUGCGGUAGAACAGCUGCUGGAAAAGAACUACAGAAUUCACUGCUCUGUGAACAAUGUGGAAGUGCCAGCAGACUUCAGCAUCACCAAGAAGAUAGAGAGCGUUCUGGAGGAGGUUGAAUUCAGUGUGAAGAGAGCCCGGUCCAUGGACAUCGAUGACUUCAUGGUGCUGCUUCAUGCAUUCAACUCUGCAGGGAUCCACUUCUGUUAAAGGGCAGAGCGAUGGAGAACAGUGCUGUGCCUGGCAUGUCCUGUCUUUAUGAUGAUGGGGGGGGGGGGGGUGUUAGUGGUCAGACGAGUGGAAGGAAAUGGAUCGUCUGACUUAUCUUUUGUCCUCUGGAGCUUUGUUGAAAUAGUUGGAAGAAAUGUACAAAGAGUAAUGGAAGACACAUUUAAAGAGCUCAUAUUGAGUGUGUAUUUUACCCUGAUGAGUAUAGAUGUCCCUGAGCAUGCACGGGCAGCUUUUGGCAAAUGAAAUCUUAAAAGCCCUCUUGGUUGUGCCUGCCAGUGUGUCUGCAUUCAUCAUUCAUUGACAAAUGAUCUGUAAUGGGGAAUUAUUCUAAGAUCAAAGCAAUCUACAGUUAAUGUCUGACCUUGUGAUAAUGCUAGAUUUUUUAAAAGUGUCUCCUUAAAAAAUAAAUUCAAAUUGUGCAGA